CGCGGCAAGUCCUGCCGGCCGAACGGCAAAUCAGUCAGCAUCAAUAAUCUGUCAAUUUUUGCAUGUGGAGAUUAGUAUAGAUCUCCCAGCAACACACUUGCAUAUCGAUUAGCUUCAAUAAAGCAAAAAAUGGCGGUUCCUGCAGCCCCAAACCUGCAGCUGAACACGGCGAGACAAAGCAGCCCAGUCAACUCUACGGAAAACGACAUCCACAUCGACGAGAGAGAGCUGGAAAACAUCACCAACCAUGUCGAGGAUGGCACCUCAUUGCCGCUGCACUCGCCCUGGACCUUCUGGCUCGAUCGGUCAUUACCAGGUACAACGGCAGCAGAGUGUGAAUCAAAUCUGAAAAAGAUAUAUACUGUCCACACUGUACAGAGUUUUUGGAGUGUGUACAACAACAUCCCUCCUGUGUCCUGCCUCCCCCUGAGGUGUAGCUACCACUUAAUGCGAGGAGAAAGAAGGCCACUAUGGGAGGAGGAAAGCAAUGCAAAGGGAGGUGUUUGGAAAAUGAAAGUGCCAAAGGAGAGCACAUUAGCUGUGUGGAAAGAACUGCUGUUGGCUACGAUUGGUGAACAGUUCACAGAUUAUUGUGCAUCAGAGGAUGAAGUGGUUGGAGUAAGUGUCAGUGUGAGAGAGCGAGAAGAUGUGGUUCAGGUCUGGAAUGGAAACGCCUCUUUUGCCAAUGAGGCAAACGUUUUAGGAAGAAUCUACGAACUUCUUCCACAGAUAUCUUUUAAAGCAGUAUUUUAUAAACCACACGAGGAGCACCAUGCGUUUGAAGGUGGUCGCUCAAGACAUUAGCAAGCUUUGCACAUUUACCACAUCUACCCUGUUUUUGGACUGAUCCUAGAAAAUGGACUGAAAACGGAAAAAAAUAAUCCCUCCUGGGCGAACAGAACUCUUGGGUUUUGCAAUUGUUUCAUAUCGUAGAGAAUGUUACAGCCCUGUUUUUAAGUUUUAAGCAUUGCAAAUGAUCCCUCCGUGCUUUUUCCUGAGGAGUUUGUUCAUACCCGAUAUUUAGGCAAUAUUAAUGAAAUAGCAAGUAGCAUAUGUAAUAUAAAUCAUCACAACAGAGCGAUGUUUCCAAUUGUUCUAGUUUUUCUCCUCUAUUUCUAGGAUUACUGAUCAAAUGUGCAGUAUAGUGACGGUUGCUGCUUGUCAAAGUAUAUGCUCGUUGUGUUAGACACUUUCAUUUACUGAAUUAGAACGUCCGUUAGGAACAAAAUCUUAGGGCUCUUUUUUUCUUAGACGCGCAUUAGGCAUAACCUUAGACAAAAAGAAGUUCAAGGCUAAGUCUAAUCUGUUUCUAGGAACUAUCUUUUAUGCAAAUGUAUUGCACAUCUUAAGAAAAUCUCUUUGGUUUGGAGGUUAUCAAUAAUUUCAGAGCAAAUGGAAGUGGGGGGAACGCAAUCUUGGUUAGAACCGCGAAUACACAGCGAAGUGCAUAUGCAAUUCCUUGUUUUCACCCAAACUGAAUAUUUAAUUUAAACAAAAUCCCAAGAGUAAAACGGCUUUACUUUCAUGCUUUAGAAGACUAGUGCUGGGAAAUGAUCAAUCCGGAUUUAAUUGCAUUCAACUUAAAAGUUUGUUUUUACGCAAUAUAUAUUUGUGUGUGCAUAUAAAUACAAACACAUACAAAAUACAACAACAAAUCAAAAUUAUUUACGUAAAUAUUUGAAUUUGUAUUUAUUUUUAUCACAUAAACACGUUUUAUGUCUAAAUAUAAAUAAAAUUGUGAUUACGUAAAAAACAUACAAACGCACACGUUAUUUAAAUACAAGCCUUUAUUUUGCAUCCCCUUUAAUCAACAAUCAUUGCCCAGCACUAAUCCAGACCUCCUCUUGUAGUAUUUUACGUAAAUGAAAGCUGUUUUAGAAUGGCGUCACAGCACUGUUAAACGUCUUUUGUGUUUUGGUUACUGCGUUGUGAAUAAUAUCCAGCAUUCUGUUCAAGGUGUUAUUAACUGUAACCCCAUGCGUGUCUUGUCUUUGUCAGAGUAGCUUAAUAUUUUCACCAUCGCCAGAAUUAUUAUUAUUAUUUUUUGUAACUUAUGCAUUUGCUCCUAACUGCCUUUUUAUUCGCUGUAAUCACACUGUGUCUUGUUUCAGAGUGCUCAUCAUUGUAGUUUGUUUUGCUGUGCUUGAAUGGAUGGAAAUAUGUGUGCGUCGAGGGGAGCUAGUGUAGAUAUCGUCAAAAUAAGAAACUGAAAAUGAUCUGUGUAAUCAUCAGAGCAUUUAUAUUUUUAGUUGUUCAGUACCAAAGAGAUAUCUUUUCUGUUCUCCUGUGUUGUAAUUCAUCAUCGUCUGAGAUCUGCACAUGGUUAAAUUCGCGUUUGUCUCGCUUGCAGCUCACAUCUUGAUGCUGAUUGGAUUUUGUUGUGGUUUGUCAAGUUUGAAACUUAAGCCCAAAAUGACCUGCAUCAUGAACCAGGUCCGUAAUGCACUAAGAAGCACAAUUAUGAGUUCGUCCUUGAUGUGGGCAGGAAUUGUGCAAAAUAACUUGUACAUGCAGCUGACUUUUCAUAUUUCAGCCUUUUUCCUACCUGUCACUGAGAUGCGAGUACUGAGGUGGAUUUCUUUUGUUUGUGAAGCAUUCGUGUCAGUUUUUCCAGGCUCCCAAUCAGGAUCUGAAACCUCACACUGAUUGUCAAUCUUCUGGAACGGUGCCUUGUGUUCUCCCAGGGUUUCACUCAUAGAAUGUUUAAUGUAUUUAAUCAGUUAUAAUAUUAAUUUUCUUUCUUUUCUUUUGCUUAUAGGUUUUGAAAUAUUGAAUAAAUACGAAGCAGAAUACAAAA